AUGGCAGCUAAUCUCGACCUCAUCACUUCUCCAACCAUUCCACCACAUCUCGUGGCCAAAGCUGAUCAAUCAACGACGUCUUCGGCCUUGACCCGUGCUCGUCUGAUCCCUGGCGAGCUUCGUGCGUCUCUCUCUGCCCAUGGACUCGAGGAGAUACUCUCAUUUUUCUCCACCAUUGUUGCGGCUCAUGUCCCUAUCAUCCUCUCAGCCUUGAGCGAGAUUGCCGUGGCUGACCUCACCUCCCUGCACAAGUCUCAAAAUUUCAAUUUUCGACUAUGUGACUACACCUCUGUCACAGCUGCUCCCCUGAGCGACAAUGGCUGCGGCGCCCACACAGACUACGGUACCUUCUCAAUUAUCUUCCAAGAUGGCCACGCGGGUCUCGAGGCAGAAGAUGAAGCCACUCCAGGACGGUGGAUUGCUCUACCCGGUGACGCCACGAUCGUGCUGUGCGGCUGGUGUGCUUUAAUCCUUAGCGGUGGGCGAGUCCGUGCGGCGAGACAUCGUGUACGUCAUAUGGCCGGUGUGCGCAGACUGUCAGCGGUGUUGUUUGUUGCCCCGGACGUGGAUGUGGUGCUGAAGCCGUUGAAGUCCGAUGAAGGGUCGAAGGCUUUUUCAGAAAAGAUAACUAGCGGUGACGUGAAUGUCGGAUGGUUCAAGGAAGUAAUGGGGAAGCGGUGGCGCUGGCGGGAGGGAAAUGAGAUGCUGGGCGACGGAGAAAGUAACGAGAUCGGCCAGGAUGAGGAUGUUGAAAGAUUGGUUGGGGGCUAG